AUGGAAGACGAAACGGCCUCGGCCACGAAGGCGCUCGGGCUUCACGAACCGCCCCUCACGGUAACCGGGGGGGAGGUCGGCUCGGAUACGGAGUCCGAGGCUGAGGCUCGGGGACUGGCAGUGAUCACGGAGCCCGGGAGCCUGCACAUCGGACCCGGCUCACUGCAGAACUCAGACGAGGCGACGUUUGCAGAGGUGGCGCGGGUGACUGCGGUGUCCGUGUCCAGUGUCCACCCGGAUGACAAUGUCUUCACCACCACAACAUCAGGGAGUCUUCCUGAGCAUAUGCUGAGCGGCCGCACACUGCAGCUCAGUGAGGGUCUGAACCAGAAGGCCACACUCAUCGUGGUCCACACUGACAGCAGCAUCGUGGAGGCGGCUGGGCUUAAAUCCUCGGCUGCCAUCACUUCAGUAUGUUCCUCCGCUCAGACGUCCUCAACACCCCUCUCUUCACACGACAAACCCUCCGGCUCCAAAUACAACUGGGACCCUUCCGUUUACAACAACGAGCUUCCGGUGCGCUGUCGAGAGACCAGUGGCAUCCUCUACAAGAACCGGCUGGGUUCAGGUGGCAAAGGGCGCUGCAUCAAACACAACCAGCAGUGGUUCACUCCAACAGAGUUCGAGGGUCUGGCCGGAAGAGCCAGCAGCAAAGACUGGAAGAGAAGCAUCCGAUACGCUGGAAGACCACUGCUUUGCCUCAUACAGGAUCGUAUCUUGGUCGCUCACGCAGCCUCCUGCACUUGUGCUUCAUGCUGUGAUGACAUCCUUAUGGUAAGUUUAUUAAGAUAA